AUGACCACUUCAACGGCUGGUGUCCCACAACGUCGUCAUCAAGUAGUUGGAGGUUCAACUUCAAUCACUAAGACUGCAAAUGGAGACAACAAUCAAGGCUUCGGUUACGUUCGACGGGUUGAUGGAUACUUCGGAGCUAUUGUGCUUGGACCGAAAAGGUGGCUUGUUGUCUAUGUUUUGUUCACUGGGUUAGAUGAUAUGCCAUCUUUCCUCACAAGGCUCCGUGAAUGUGGCCGUGUACUUUUGUUGGAAUCUGUCAACGACCGCUUCGGCCACAUUCGUUUUGCUCUCACACAACGGAUCGCUCGAUUUCGAUGCCUUUCAGACGUCGCCAACGUCAAUACCACGCAUGACGCCAGUUGUCUUAGGUUUCUCUUGCAGCGUACAGCAUGGGGAUCGGGCGACCCGUCGUGUACGCCAUCUCUGAAAACGACCACUUUGCGCCCAUAUGCAAAGUUGUUGUUACAAAGUUGUUCAGCUUGUCCAACUAUUGCGGCAUUACACUGUGCCAACUUUACACACGCCAGGCGAUUAGAAGUCACACUGUCACAUAUAGUCGAGGCCUCAUGUUCAUCAGCCGUCAGAUUACAUAGCCAAGAUAUCAUACCCAGCGUCGUGCAUAGACGCGGCCCGAGCAGUUACGAAAAGUAG